AUGGGGAUUGAGACUUGUGGUCAGCUCAGGAAGGGAUUGGGGGAUGUGGUGAUUAUUCUCACGAUUGGAUUGUUGUCAACUUUGUCUGUUGAUAUGGUGGUUAUUGGUUGCAGCGUCAUUGAAAAUGUUAGAGAAGUUUCAGAAAAAGGUGGUCUGAAAACUCUACAUGAACAACUCAUUUCCGAAAUCUUAAUGGAGAAAGAUUUGAAAGUAGGAAAUAUUGGUAGUGCCUUAAGUACGAUAAGAAACAGGGUAUGCCAUAAGAAGGUUCAUAUUGUUCUUGAUGAUGUGGAUGAAUCAAUAGAACUUGAAAAAUUGGUAGGAGAGCUUGAUUGGUUUGGUUUUGAAAGUAGAAUCAUUAUAACAACUAGAAAUCAACAUACAUUAAUCAGAUAUGGCAUAACACACAUUUAUAAGGUUGAGGAAUUAGGAGAAGAUGAAGGUAUAGAACUCUUUAAAUCGAAAGCCUUCAGGAAUCACCAACAAAUUGGAGGCUAUGGAGAACUUAUACAUUGUGCAGUAAAGUACACUAAAGGAGUUCCUUUAGCUCUCAAAGUUUUGGGUUCUUUUCUUUAUGGUCAAAACAAAGAUGAAUUAUAA